AUGAAAAAAAUUCAAGAUAAAGACCCUUUAAAGUUAAGAAAUAGUCCAGGUAGCGGUAAAGUUUAUACUUUACUAGUUAUAAGCUUAGCCUUAUUUGCAGCAGGAAUCGCUCUAUUUCUUAUCAGUUUCUUCAGUGAAAGUGGGAAGUUUAACAGAGGAUACUAUGCAAAUAUCUAUACAUGGAACCGUGAGAGAUUAGCUGAUAGAAUGAGUUCAGUUGAGAUCUCAUUUAAAAUAAUGCCAACUCUUGAUGAUCUUAGAAACAGAGAUCAAUUCCCUAUGGAGCACAGAUCUUCAGCUAAUGAAGUAGAUCAGUAACAAGUAUAGUGGAAUGAGUUUUUUAACUACAAAUAAAGCUACUUCUGGUACAAUAAUACAGUUAAAAAUUUCCCUUAAUUCCACUAUGAAGAGACGCAAGAAGAUUCAAACGUUAGUGAAACUUUCUGCGUGCAUCUUUGGUGGAACCUGCCCAGAAGUGAGGAAAAGACCUUUGGACUUCAUCAUGAUGUCUUUGGUCAGCCUGAUUGCGAAAAUUCAGCCUAACACACAUCGUAUAAAUGGAAGGCUAAUGAUCCAACCACAGGGUAAAAUUUCAAAUUAUGGAAAAAAGUCAAUUUGAAUCUUGAAUGCUCCUAGGAAUCAUUGACCUGCAAACUAGAGUGUAGCCAACUAGGUGGAGUUGUAGGCAAAGAUGGGUAAUGUCAUGCCUAUGAUAUUGUUGACAGAAUUUGCUUAACCCUUGAUAUUAUGCUUUCAGAAGACAGAAGAAGUGAAGAGCUCUACUCAAAUGGUGGCUGUUACGAUGGACAUGUUGCCCACUAUCAAAGAGCACAACCUGAUCAUCUUUAUAAAUUGGACUAUGUACCUGUUGAGGUUAGAUCUCAAAAUGAUCCAUAUGUUGUGUGGGCCUAAUCAAAUUAUAAAAUAAAUGAGGAUACUUCUAAGUUGCAAAUGACAUCCUAUGUACUUCUAAUUGCUGCUUUUUUCUUUGGAUUGCUGACUUGUGUUUCAUAUUAGAGUUCAAAAGCUUAAUCCAGUUCUGAAUCAAAAUCUCUAAAUUUUUGA